AUGAAAGGUAACAAACGCUCUGCAGCCGAGGCAUUCGGAAACCACAACCAACCAUCACUCCUGACAAAACAUCGGUCAAAGGCGACUACUAACGGUAGUGCACCAUCUCCCACUGCAAAGAUCGUGCACUUUCAUGACGACCAGGGCCAGGCCGGCGAGGAAAGCGAGAAAACACGGAGCGACCACUAUGCAUCCUCUCUUGCCAACAAACAAAAUAAAAUUGGAUCCUUGAAGCAGCGGGCGCAAGAACUUGUCAGUACUCGCCAGAGACUUCCAAUCUACUCCCAUGCAGAUGCUAUCCGCCACAAACUUCGAAUACACAAUGUCCUUCUGUUGGUCGGAGAGACUGGAUCUGGAAAAUCAACCCAGAUCCCUCAAUUCCUCAUCAACGAACCUUGGUGUCAGAGAAAGACCAAGACCAAGUCAGGGAUUGCCGUCGGAGGAUGCAUCGCCAUCACCCAGCCCCGACGAGUUGCCGCCAUCUCUCUGGCACGACGUGUCGCCGAGGAAAUGGGGACUCCCUUGGGUAACUCAAGUCCCGCUUCGCAGGUCGGGUACUCGGUUAGAUUUGAGAACAGCACUAGCCCGAGCACAAGGAUCAAGUUUCUUACUGAAGGCAUGCUGCUUCAGGAAAUGUUGCGAGAUCCUUGGCUCAAGGAGUACUCGGCCGUCGUCGUGGAUGAAGUCCACGAAAGAGGUGUCAACGUGGAUUUAGUACUGGGGUUCUUGCAAAGAAUGCAAAACGUCAAGAAAAAGGACGAUGGACGAGCCGGAGUGCCGAUGAAGGUUGUGGUCAUGAGUGCUACAGCCGACAUGGACAUGAUCAAGGACUUUUUCUCUGCUGACCCUAAGGACUCUGGGCCUAGUCCCUCGCCAGGCGAGCCAGGUACGAAAACCGCAGACAAGGAUCAGACUCGUUCCAAACCUUCAACUUCAUCCUUCAUCUCAACAUCCCUGCACAUCAAAGGUCGACAACACCCCGUCACAAUCAACUAUACUCCUACCCCUGUCCCGGACAUUCUCGAUGCCGCUUAUCAAAGAAUCGUCCACAUCCACACCUCAUGUCCAUUACCCGGCGACAUUCUAGUAUUUCUAACUGGACAAGAAACCGUCGAAUCGCUUCUUCAACUGCUCACAUCCUACUCCAACACCAUCGCCUCAGAUCCCUCUCUGUCACGGAGCCUCCCAAAACUCCUCCUCCUCCCCCUCUACGCCGCACUUCCCUCCCAUCUCCAACAACGAGUCUUCACCGCAACUCCCAAAUUCACACGCAAAAUCAUCCUAUCCACCAAUAUCGCCGAAACCAGUAUCACCGUCCCGGGAAUCCGACAUGUCGUCGAUACAGGGAAAGCCAAACAACGACUAUUCCGGCCCUCUCUAAAUCUCGACACGUUACUCACCGUACCCAUUUCUCGGUCAUCCGCUAAUCAACGGUCCGGCCGAGCCGGUCGAGACGCCCCAGGUACGGCAUGGAGAUUGUACACAGAAUCCGACUUCUGGAAACUGUCGCAAGACACACAACCGGAGAUUCUACGAUGUGAUCUGUCCCAGCUCGCCCUAACGCUCAAAUCGCAUGGAGUCGAACAGAUCAACACAUUCCCAUUCUUGACCGAACCGCCGAAACGUGCUUUGGAAAGGGCAUUGGUACACUUACUCCAAUUAUCCGCACUCGACCCAUCCAACGGCAGCAUCACCGAGCUAGGCCGUCAGAUGAGCGCUUUGCCUUUACCCGCCAACCUGGCCAGAGUGUUUCUCGCAAGUGCUCGUCCUGAGUAUUCAUGUAUCGAGGAAAUCAUCGAUAUUGUCUCCGCACUCAGUGUCGAGAACAUCUUCCUCAACAUCCAGCAUUCACAUGUCAAAUCUACAGAAAAUAAGUCUGUCGGUGUUGAUGGCCACGCACAUGUCAAUGUCAAUGCUAAUACCAAUGCCAAUGCCAAUGCCAAUGGCGACCACGACUCCGAUUCCGAUUCUGGUGAUAACACCGCCACUACACUUCGUCGUCAACUAUAUCGUCGCGAAGGUGACCAUCUGACGCUUCUUGCGGCGAUGCAAGCCUACACUGCCGAAGCUGCCGAUCGAAAACGUUGGUGUUCCGAACGAUACAUCAGUCAUCGGGCAAUGAGUGGUGCAAUGGAUGUGCGGAAACAGUUGACGGCGAUUAUGGCGCGGUAUACUGCUACGCGUCAUCAACAUGGUAGUGGAGGUAAAACUGCCGGGGCAACUGCCACUACCUCGUCGAAGAAAAACAAGAAGAAGAAUAAAAACAAGAGUGAUCAGAAGGAGGAAGACCAAGAUGGUAAAGAAGAACAAGAGAACCACACCACUACCACUACCGAUAUCAAUACCACCAACAAAGUCUCCUCCAGCACCUCACCCUCCGACCAAGACCUUCCCCCCCUCCCAACCCGCAUCCUUCGCUGCCUUCUCACUGGCUUCCACACAAACGUCGCCCGUCUAUCCCACGACGGCAGUUAUCGCACCAUCUUGACCAAUCAAGUCGUUGCCAUUCAUCCCAGCAGCGUCUUAUUCUCCAUUCCCAACAGUACCAGCAGCGGUGACAAUGACGAUGAAUCGACUAAUGGUGGUGCGAAAAGGUCAAAGGGAUCGGCACGUGGAGGAGGGCCCGGUGUCAAGAAAUUCGAGGCUAUUAUGUAUAAUGAGUUUGUGUAUACAGGUACAAAGGCUUAUGCUCGGGGUGUGAGUGCAGUGGAGAUGGGGUGGGUGGCGGAGGCGGUUAAGCUGAAUUCGGGGAGAUGA